AUCUCUUGUUUGUAUAUGUUUGUUCGCACUGUAGAUUCUAUAGUGUACUUAGUGCGAGUUUUUUAAUGUUCUCGAUAGCGUAAAAGUUGACUCAGUUUUGCACGGAGUUGGAACGUUUGCCUGCGUUUGCCGCUAGGGGCGCUGUUCCAACUGCAUACAAAUUUGAUUUAACUUUUACGGUAUCGAGAGCGUUAAAAAACUCGCACUAAGCAUACAGACCACAGCAAUCAUUUACCACCCCAUCAUUUAUAUAAUAAUAAUAAAUACAGGGUGGCCCAUAAGUCCUUUGAAAAGUAAAAUUUGAAUAAAACGAACAGGGCGCGCGUGAGCGGUGCAGGGGAAGCGGGGGGAGUAACUUCGGUUUCUGGGAAUUUAGUCGCGAUGGAGCGUUUUACCGGAGCGGACCGUGCGUUUUGUGUGCGCGAGUUUUAUAAAAACGACAAUUCGGCAACCGUUGCGCGGCGUAAAUUUCGAGAACACAAAGGUUUACACAACUUUGACGACACUCCAACUCUUCAAACGAUUAAGAACUGGGUUGCUAAGUUCGAGGAGACCGGUUCGACGUUAGAUAAACCGCGGUUGGGUCGCCCAAGGACGUCACGUACGGAACAAAACAUAGACACAGUGACACAGUCUAUUCGCGAAAAUCCGACACAGUCAACUCGUAAGCGAUAUGUGGCUAUGAUCGAAGAGUUUUUCAUACCAGAAUUGCAAAACUUUUCAGGCUUUAAUGCCAGGACGUGGUUUCAACAGGAUGGGGCCACUUCUCACACCUCUAACACUGCUAUGCCCGUUAUCCGUCAACUUUUUCCUGGCAAAGUUAUCUCUAAGAGAGGAGACAUUUCCUGGCCUCCACGUAGUCCAGAUCUGACCCCGAUGGAUUUUUUUUUGUGGGGCUACCUUAAGGCUAAAGUAUACGACACAAACCCGCGGUCAAUUGAGGCCCUAAAAGAAAACAUCCGCAGAGAAAUGACAAGCAUUUCAGCAGUGACGUGCCGCGCAGUCAUCGACAAUUUUAGACGUCGUUUGCAAGAGUGCCGUGAUCGCAACGGAUUACAUUUAGGAGAUGUUAUUUUCAAAAAAUAAUUCCCGUUUUUUAAGCUUUUUAUGUAAAUAAAAAUUUAAUUCAUAA